AUGAGGUCCGAGUUGCGUGUCGACGAGAGGGAACGGGGCUAUCAGCAAGGUCAUGAGCACAGUAGUCACAGCGAGCACCGUUGCAAGGCCUUGGAACUGCGCAGGACAGAUGCAUAUGAGAUCCGUCAUGCUGGGAGCCUCCGAGACGAUGCCAGCCUGGCUGCCAGGCGAACGACCUCCCCAACCUUCACUCAUUCGUUUUCGGUCAUAUUUUCCGCGCUGAGGUUCGAGCACUGCAUGGCAAAUGCCUGA